GGCUUUAGUCCGGCGAGCGCCAGCGCAGCGAGGCUCGAGUUUCGUGAGGUUCGAUACCGACUCGUCCGACUCGCCGCGUUUUGCGUGCGGAAAGCCAGAAAAAUCGCACACACUCGCAGCGCGCAAAAAAGCGCCCGUCGCCAUUUCAUCAACGCGCGCCGUAUUUCGCAUUUGUUUUUCUUGCGAAGAGCGUCUGAAAUAAAACGCGUGCGUGUUUUGUGAGUGCGUGUGUAAAAAUCAACAAAAAGUGUCGCUGGGUAGCGCAGAGAGAGUGAGUGACGAUGAACGCCGACAGCGGCGUUGGAUUUAAAUGCUAGAUGAGGAUACGCGAGUGCGGUGAGCGACGACACACCAGCACCCAACAGCCGAGAGCGCACGACACGGCGGCCGCCGCGAGUAGUAGUUGUUGUAGGCGCAAGGGCAGCUUCGGCUCGCUCGGACGUCGGCGUCGACGUCAGCGCCGACCCGCCGCCAGCGCAUCUAUGUGAUGGAAGAGGAGGAACGGACGCGCACCAACGGGCACGUCACGACCACAAGGAGCCACCACCGCCGCCGCACGCAGGAUUAUUCACCGAGCGAUUAUUCGCCCGCUAAGCAAUGAGCGUCGUUGGCCUUAGCCGCCGCGUAGCGCCCCCCAUAACGCUGCCAGUCACGCUGGAAGACCCCGCCACGAACUGGAAGGGACCGCCGCCCGGCUCGGAGGGGCAGAACUUCGGAGGGCCGAACGCCAACUCGUUUUCGGGGCCGGGUGGCGCCGGCGGCUUUCAAGGACCAUCGCCGUUCCAGGGGCCGCCGGGUGGUGCCGGCUCGCCGGCGGGGGCGCCGUCGUAUGGUGGCGGCCCACCGCCCGGCUCUACCACGCCGCAGUACACCGCCUCGCCGGCACCCUCCGGCUCGUCGACGCCCGGUCCCGGCCCGGGGCCGCAGAGCGUCGGCAAUGCCGGCUUCCCACCGCCGCCAAACAGUGCCGGCCCACCGUAUAAUGGACCGGGGCCGGGACCUUUCGGCUCGCCGUCGGCGGGUGGUCCACCGUAUGGAAGACCCGGGUCUUCGGGGCCACCGUUUGUCGGUGGGCCGGGGCCGGGUGGACCUGGGGGUAAUCCGCAUUUUGCUUCACCGGGACAACCGUUUGGGGGACCCGGUGGGUUUGGUAUGCCGCCGGGGUCGCCGUUUGGGCCGGGACCGGGACAUCCGAUGUCGGGGCCGAUGGGACCUGGGCAUGGGAUGAUGUCGGGGCAGAUGGGACCAGGGCCCAAUCCAGUCGAUAGGAUGGAUCAGGGAUCGUUGCCCGUGCCGAGAAGACCGACGCCAUACUUUGGCCAGCCCGAUUACCGCAUCUACGAACUCAACAAGCGGCUGCAGCAGAGGACUGAGGUGAGCGCAAGCAAUGAGUGUGAUAACCUGUGGUGGGACUCCUUCGCAACCGAGUUCUUCGAAGAUGACGCCUCCCUGACGUUAGCGUUUUGUUUAGAAGAUGGACCUAAGAGAUAUACAAUAGGAAGGACCUUGAUUCCAAGGUAUUUCCGAAGCAUAUUCGAGGGCGGAGUGACGGAAUUGUACUACAAUAUGAAGCACCCGAAAGAAUCCUUCCAUAAUACUAGUAUUACACUCGACUGUGAUCUAUGCACGAUGAUUACGCAUCACGGCAAACCACUGUUUGCAACGGUGUGUACAGAAGGUCGCCUCAUAUUGGAGUUCACGUUCGACGACCUGAUGCGGAUAAAGUCGUGGCUGUUCAACGUGCGCGCGCACCGCGAACUGAUACCGCGCUCCGUCGUCGGAAUGCACUCCUCGCAGGACCCCUCCAUGCUGGAGCCGCUCUCCAAAAACAUUACGCGACAGGGCAUCACGAAUUCAACAUUAAAUUAUCUUAGGCUAUGUGUAAUAUUAGAACCCAUGCAGGAGCUGAUGUCGCGACACAAGGCGUACGCGCUGAGUCCGCGCGACUGCCUCAAGACGACGCUGUUUCAAAAGUGGCAGAGGAUGGUUGCCCCGCCGGGUAAGAGAGAAUCACAACGACCGCCCAACAAGAGACGAAAACGCAAGGGCUCCAAUUCGGGCGGGGCUGCGAACAGUGCGCCUCCCGCGCCCAACAAGAAACGAUCACCGGGACCGAAUUUCUCUUUAGCAUCACAAGACGUAAUGGUAGUGGGUGAACCUUCGCUGAUGGGUGGCGAGUUCGGGGACGAGGACGAGCGGCUGAUCACGCGACUGGAGAAUACGCAGUACGACGCGGCGAACUCGCUGGAUCACGACAACCACGGCUUCCACGCCGACUCACCGAUGCCGGGCGCGAAUUCGUGGGGCGGGCCCGGCGUGGGCGAUCGUGGUGGCCCGCCGGGUGGGCCUGGCGGCGCGCCCAAUAACCAGGACUCUGAUAAGAAAUCGCCUGCGGUGAGCCAGUGAUGCUAGUGGACGUAUAAACUCUAAAAUUGCGCGGACCCACAGUAUUUGACAGACGGGCACGAAUAUUAUAUAAUAAACUAGUUGUGUUGCUGACAAUUUUCGGUGGUUCCCGGAGUGCAACUGAGAUCGCGGUUCGUUUUGGAACCGCCGCUACGAGAUCACCAAUCGGGGCAGCGAAUGUGGAGCAGCUCAGCGUGUGUAGAUGAAAUAUUGUACAGCGUAGAAUUUACAUCACAAACAAACAAUUUGAGAAAAAAAUGCGGAAAAUUAAACAUUACAAGAAACAACACACAAAAACAAAAAAAAACACUGAAACUUAAAAAAAGAACGGCAGUCUUUGAUUGAUUGACCAAUUGAGCGAACUUUUUCAAACAAAUGAAGUACACAAGAAAUCAUUAUUACUAUAUAAAGUAUAAAAAUAUAUUAUUAAUGUUUCACGUUAAAACGCCAUCUGCGCGUGGACGUAAAGUCCAGUGCGUCAGGACGCAUCGCCCACAAAUGUUUGAAUAGUAUAUUUUAAGCAAGUGUUGAGUUCCUAUGGGUUAUUAUUAUUAUUUGUCUUCGAAUGAAAGAACUGAGCGUGCGAUGCGUUCUGAUGCGCGCGUUGUGUCCACGCUCAGAUGGCCUCUUAUAGUCAUAUUCAUACGAGCAGAGCUCUUUCAAAAAAUGGAAAGCGAAACGGAGCAAUCUCUCCUGUAUUAGGAUCAAUUUUGUAUAGUAAAUUGCUAAAUAAGUUAUUGAUUAAUAAUGUCCAUUCGAUACAAUGAGAUUUGUUUAAACAGUUGCGCACACGAUCUCAUCACCCCCAUCCACCUCACACACAAAAAAGAUAAACAAUUGAUGUAUCUGAUGAGAUUAUAAUUUAAACGUUUUUAAACUGACUCCGAUCAACCCCCCGGAGGUCGAGUGUGCAACUGUUUGCGUCAUACUUUUAAGCGGAACACGAAAAUUUAAACAAAAGGGUGCAAGAGUACAUCGCGCUGGUCGAUGUAUUUUCUAUUUGGAGACGUGCGCGGGGAGAGUGUUUCUUUUAUAUCUACGAAAUGAUCGAACCAAACCAAUCAACACCCCCUACACGAGAAUCUAAUGUUACGUCACGCUGAAAACUUAAAUAAAUGUGUUGUAAUUUAUUUUUAAUUUAUAAGCAGAUGCGAGCCGAUUCGUUGUUGAUUUUGCAUUUUCUUCUUAUGUUAGACACCAAUGUCUAAGGUACAAAUUUUCGAAGUGCAAGCGCGCGCAAGCCGAGAGAACGAAACACAUGGUACUUAAAUUGUUACAGUUUUUCAGUCUGACUGCGAUUAGAUGCGGUGUGUAGCGAGACAUGCAAUAGGUGUUUUUUAUUGAAUGAUUGCAUUUUAAUUGUAACUAUGUAAUUAUUGGGAUGUUGUGGCGUGCGCGUACGUGUACGUACGUCUCAUGUCCUCGGACGCGUUGUAUUUUUACAGAUCUUUUUUCUUUUGUUUGUUUAUUAUUUUUUUGGUCAGUAGUUGUGUGUAAUUUUUUCUUUUCUUUUGAGUCCUUUAUCCAGAUCCUCGACCUGCGUCCCGACCCUAUGCAAAACCCACCUUCACUCCUUGAUCAGGUUAUUUGGUUACUUAAACGAUUUAUAAUGAAUAUCAAUAUGAUUAUUGUAAAAAAUGAACGAUUAUGAUGAAGAAAUGGGCUGCGAUUCUUGCGGCGAAAACAAAAACCCUCAAUACAACUCUUACAGAUAUUAA